AUGGCAGCCUCCCCGACCUUGUCGACUGUUCCUGAGCUCCAGUAUGAAGAAAUGACUGGAGAGGAGUUGGCGCAGCAAGUGGCCAACCUGAUGGGAAUGUCGGUCGAGGAAGUGAAGAGAGAUGGAGUGCAGACCUCACUGGUAGCACUGCAUGGUUUCGGUGGAGUGCCUGAGGAUCGGCUUGACCUGAUCCGACCGGCGACUGGAGAGUCCUUUGUUCGCCCGACUGCCUUCGCGAGAGUGAGGCCAGAUCCGAAUGCAGCUGGAGUGCUUGUGGUGGAAGUCCCACUGGGGACGAAUGCAGACGAGGUAAUGGUCGCUGAAGUCAUGAAUGGACUUCAGCAGAUUGAUGCAGCACUGGGAAUCAGGCCUGGCCCGGAUGAGGCCACCGCCUCGGCAGCUGUUCCUGCCGCGAAUGCUGCGAAUGCCUCGGAGACUGCAACUGUCUCGACUGGGAGAUCGUGGAUGGCUCCCCCGAUUGACACGACGCACCUGAUGUGCGAGAAAGUGUGGGAUCACCCACUGUCAAGGAAUGGCAAAGUGAAUCGGGAAGUGUGUAACGCACUGAACCUGAUGGAUCUUGGCACAGAUUUGAAGAAGAUUUGGAGACGACUGGAUGACUAUGUCACUGUCGACAGCCAAGAUGCAAUGGACAAGAUCGAGAAUGACGCGUGCCAAAUGGCCAACAGAAUGAUGGAUGCGCAGAUCCGACUGGCCGAAGCUGUUUACAAGAGAGAGCGGAGUGAGGAAUGCCCCAUUAUCUCCCUCCACCUGCCUGGUACAAGAAGUGGAGGACUGUCGGGAUGCCGAUUUGAGCAUCCUGAUGAACACAGCAAUGGCCCGAUGUCGAGCCUUAGGUUGAGAAUGAACUCUCUGCAGAUCAGGUCGACUGUCACCAACAAUGUCAAUCAGUGCAUGUUGGAAACUGGUUGGUUCGCAAUGACCAAGGCGGAGAGAAUGUUCCUCACCAAAGGAACCUGGGAGAUCAAAUGGCACAUGGACCCGACUGACUACGACAACCUGGUCCAUGACUUGGUCCAUGUCUACGACUGGAUCCUACAGCCGUCGAGCGUUGGCCAGCGCUACUUUGAGACUGGCGAGAUUGACCUGGGCAGGAAGACUGUUCAAUGGUUCUGCCAGGGAGUGUUCGACGAGAAUGCCCCGUAUGAAAGACGGGUCUUCGUAGUGCGCCGGAGAUCGACUGCAGAAGCCGUCCGGGAAUGGACCGGAGUGACCACUGGUGCCAAGAAAAUGAAACUGAACAAUUAUUUCAAUCGUCAGUUCACUGACCAUAUCAGCACGCAGAAUGGCAUCCAUGUGGAGAAUGAGGAGAAGAGUGUUCCAAGCCGAUGGACUUGGACUGUCCCGACUGAUGCAUCCAGAAUGAGCAUGGGCAUCAUCCGAAUGUCAAUGGACGAUGCAAUGAGCUAUGCCCAGAGUGGCCCUCAGCUCCUUUGCCUCUCCGAAAUGAUGGACUGGAAUCGUCUGGCCACCCUUCCGAACAGUGGCCUGACCGAAUGGCGACUGAUGGGACACACCAUGGUUCCGACUGUUCAAGCCUAUGGCUCAGGAUUGGAGCAUGACUGUUCCACCUGGGACGAAAUGUAUGGCGAGGAUGAUGGCGAAGACCCGAAUGCUUGGAAUGCCCCGGCCUCCUCCUCGACUGCGGCACCAAAGAAGAUUGCGGGAACAACCUCGCAGGGAUGCGGA